UGCAAUGCACUCCAAAUUUGUGUUGUCGAUUGAAUUGGUGCAGAUGAAAUUUGAAGCACACCCAUACCUACACCCAUACCUACACCCAUACCCUCAUAUGUCAGGGGUCAUUGAUAUAAAAUAAAAUACGAACCUUGAAUAUAGAGUUACCUAGUAUUUAUACAUACCAAUCGAGAGUUCCUCCUCUCACGAUGGCUUCCAAAGCCAUUGCCAUCCCGCGCUACCUGCUACCUCAAUAUGGCGCACUAUGGCGGACCACCGCACGCUCUACAGCUCUCGCAAGACCCCUCAAUGCGGAAUUGGGACAGGUAUUAGUGCGCUACGCAUCCAAGACGGCCGGCUCGGGACCUACGGCGGGAGCAAAGCCAGCAGUAAAGCCAGCAGCAAAGCCGGCCACAGCAACUGCUGGGAAGUUCCAUCCUCCAAAGGGGUCCUCCCCCAACAUUGGCAUUAAGCCGCCAGCCCCCAAGGUUACUACUACAAAGUACUCUGCGCCGACGAAGCCUCCUCCACUGAGCCCGAAGACGGUAGUUCAAAAGGCCUCAUAUGCCCCAGUGAAUGCGCGACUGGUGCCUGCAGCCUCUGCGCCUAGGCCAGCACCGAAGACCGAGGCUGCGCCCAAAGCUCCCACACCCGCAGCUAAGUCUGCCGCGGCCCCUCCUCCAGCUUCGAAACCUCCCCCAGCUACGAAGUCUACCCCAGCUACCGGUCCUUCGAAACCGAUAGUGCUCGAAAAGCCCGAACGGUUUAACCCUCCGUCGCACGGAGCACGGCUACCGCGCUCGACGCCGAAGCACUACGGCGGACCCAUGUCCGACGCCGAGAUCCAAGCCCAGACCGAAAAGUCGUAUCCGGGCCUGCCGCCGCCGCCCACAACCUGGGCGUACGUGCUCCUCAAUAACCGGGCGAUCCACCUCUUCAUCACUCUGGGCACCCUCCUCUCCCUCGCCGGCUACACCUUCAUCACGAACUUCAACGCCAAGUCGCCCUUCGCCGAGCUGAUCCCGCCCAUCUCCGAGCUCCCUCGCCACCCGAUCCAGUACAUGGGCGUCGUCCUCAACGUCAUCAAGCUCGAGGAGGAGCGCGAGACCGCCCUCACCGUCGAGAAGCGCCGCCAGAAGCUCGACGACGUCGCCAAGCGCAACGAGUACCGCAAGGCCCACGGCCUCGAGCCCACCCAGGGCUACUUCCCCGGCCUCGGCAUCAGGGGCGACCCCAUGGCCGCCGAGGCUGUUGUGAGCGAAGGAGAUGAAGUCGUGGACGAUCAGUCCCCGCAGUCCCCGCAUUAUCAAGAGCUGGAAGCCGCACCGGUUGUUGUUGAUGCUGCUGCUGCUGCUGAGGAGGUGGUGGAGCAGCCUGUGCCGCAAGAAAAGCGCAAGAAGUGGCUCGGCAUCUUUUAAAUAUAGGUAGGUAGACAGAGAGGAAUAUGCUUGUAUGCAUGUACAAGUACGAAGUAACGCGAAUAAGCAAAAAACAAUAUUAUGACAGCGAGGUCCCUUACGGCGGCCUCCUUAGC